AUGUCCCAGCGUCCAGCCCUGGCCAGAGAGUUGCCAGUAAAGACUCAGGCUCCUUUGGUUCCCUUACUGAGCUGCUCCACAAAUAAUAUGCCCAUUGACGCCUCCUGGAUACCGCCUCAACACAGCCCUACAACUUCACAUUUGGUGCCCUUGAUAACUGCUCUCGACUUAGACACCAAAAGCCUCGCAUACUCUGUCAGCAGGUCCAGUAGCUCCUGUUUCUCUUUGGCAAUUCAGUCGCCCAUUCCACAGCCACCCAAAACGUCAUCUCCACGUAUUCCUCGAGAGCUCACUGAGGUUCACUACCUCAUUACUGUUGGGCAAACAGACAACUUUUACAGCAACCUUAUCUCGUGGUGUCCGCUUACUUUAAAGCUUGCAAUUGGAAUUAACGGUGAGGUUUACUUUUGGGAUGGAAAGUUGGAGAUUGUGUGCAUCUGGGAGAGUCCCAAUGGCAGCCCAAUCACUUGCGUCAAUUGUGGAGGCGGGCACCUCCUUAUCGCCACUGAAGAUUCAAUGGUCACUGUUUUAGACUUCGAAGGCAACAUUGUGAGCUGCUGGGAGUUUGUUGCCCCUGUCCUCUGCGCUCAAUGGUCUCAUGGCAAGUUCUUUGUGGGAGACAGAAUAGGUGUCGUCCAUGCCAUAUAUACCCCAUGGAGAAUUAUCAAGAUAAUCGUCCAUGAAUUUAGACAGCAGGCAACGGGUAUUGCUGUCAGUGAAGAUGGUAAGUAUUUGGCAGUUGGAGGAAAUGAAAAUAGAGCCGUGAUUUGGGACAUUGCCGCUAUAGAUUGCCCAAAAUAUCUUUGUACGCUCAAGCAUAAUGCUGCAGUGAAAGCUAUUGACUUCUGUCCGUGGUCUUCUUCACCAUCUCUCAUAGCCACCGGUGGAGGCUCCAACGAUCGGCACCUAAAGAUUUGGCAUAUUCCUUCCGGAGCACUCAUUAAAGAUUUGGAGACUGACAGCCAGAUAACGUCUAUCACAUGGCUGAAAAUGCAUCGGGAGCUUCUUCUUACGUUUGGCCAUUCUCUGACUGCAAAAGCUGGUGUUGCAGCGAUGUACAAUUAUCCUGACUUGAAGGUGGUAGCAUACGUGCCAGGAGAGCAUUUCAGAACUUUCAGUGCUGCAGUUUCUCCAAACGAAGCGAAGCUUGCACUUGCUACCCAAGAAGGAAUGAUACGAACCUACUGGCUAUGGCCACAGGAUGACGGGCAUGGUAGAAGAAGUAAUGCUACGAUUGUGCCAGCAAAAAUUACCCCUAGGCCGUCAGCAAAGGAUUACGAGAGCAGUAUCAUUCAAUUAUAUGAGGGCGUCACCACAGAAUUGCUGUUAAGACCACCUUCUUCAUCAACACCACCAUCUUCAUCAAACACCAUCACCGCCACUUUCACCAUGGAAUCUCCUGAACCUACUAAUGCUACGAUUCUCCUCAUGGGUCUCAGAAGAGGCGGCAAGUCGUCCAUUUGUAAAGUCGUCUUCCAUAACAUGCAGCCUCUAGAUACGCUCUACCUCGAGUCGACUUCAAAACCCACGCUGGAGCAGUUUCUGUCUCUCAUCGACUUGUCAGUGAUGGAGUUGCCGGGUCAACUUAAUUAUUUUGAGCCCACGUACGACUCUGAACGGCUUUUUUCGCUGGUGGGUGCGUUGGUGUAUGUCAUCGACUCCCAGGACGAGUACCUCAACGCCUUGACCAACUUAUCCAUGAUUAUAGAGUACGCUUACAAAGUCAAUCCCAAAAUACACAUUGAGGUGUUGAUACACAAAAUUGAUGGGUUGCUGGAAGACUAUAGAAUAGAUGCGCAAAGAGACAUAAUGCAGCGAACAGGCGAUGAGUUGCUAGACUUGGGGCUCGAAGGCGUUCAGGUGUCUUUCUAUCUCACUUCCAUAUUCGACCAUUCUAUUUAUGAGGCUUUUUCGAGAAUCGUGCAAAAGCUUAUUCCGGAGUUGCCCUCUCUAGAAAAUAUGCUAGACAGUUUGGUGGUUCACUCUUCCAUCGAUAAGGUGUUUCUUUUCGACGUGAACUCCAAGAUAUACGUUGCCACGGACUCCUCUCCUGUGGACAUUCAGACCUACGAGGUUUGCGCAGAGUUUAUAGACAUCACCAUCGACCUAGACGAUUUGUACGUCGACAACGACCGCAAAAUCAUCAAAGACAAUGGUGUGAAGGCGAUCAGCUGCUUGCUGAAUGGCCUGGUGUUGUACCUCAAGCAAAUGAUCCGAGGGUUGGCGUUGGUAGCGCUCAUACGAAACGACGAUGCCUCGGAGGAGCAGCAGGAUAUGGAUGAGGUGCUAACCAUCAUCGACUACAACGUCAACUGUUUCAAGGAAGCGUUGGCAAAAAUGUGGGAAGCUGCAAAGCUUGCACCGCCGUCAAUUGAGUAA